GCCGACCAGCAGCAUCUGUUCGAGUCUUUGUGUGAUAUGCAAUUAUCCUAUUGCAAGCGUUGCGGCAAUGCGCGCGACGCGGGUGCUGCACACUGGCAGCAACGUCGGCCUCGCCGACUACAUGCUCGUACCGUACACGCUGGCCCUGACCAUGUCGUCAACAAUGGCGCUCGUGACAUGCGUCGUCGUCUUCAAGUGGACCAAUGUCAAACAACACGCGAGCCAAGGCGCCCUCUUCAUGUUCUUUGCGUGCACCGUCGUGUGGUCGGCCGUCACGUUUGUCGGCUGCAUCGCCAAGUACCUCGACCGCCGCGAGACGAAUUGGGACAACUCGCUGACAAAGUAUACGUUCCUCGUCGCACAAAUCUUCCAGGUCGGGGCCGGGCUCUGGCUUCUCGUCGCUGUCCACGAGAUCAAGCGCAUGGUCUUCGCGCCGCGCUCGGCUGCCAACAGCAAGCGCGCUAUGCGCUUCUUCGUCGCUAGCAUCUACGUCGUUUUGUGUCUCUAUGGUCUGGGCAUGAUCCUCUACGUCAGGCUGCACUUUGGGGCUGACGACGACCAUGACGACGACCAUGUCGAUGAACAUGAUGAUCCCAACAGUGCGGGCUUCGGUCAUGAAAGACAGCUCAACUUUUUCGAGGCGCUACAGUGGGGUCACAGUCUACUGCGCAUGGCCACGGUUCUGUACCCGAUCGGCAUGAGUCUCUACUUUCACGCGCGCCGGUUCGACAUCGAGCGUGACGGCGAGCGUAGCAAGAUCUCGCUCCGUCAAGUGCAGGUAAUCGGGCUCCUCAAUGCAAUUGCGACCGUGCCGAUAUGCCUCACCGAGACAAGCCAUUACCAUACACUCAACGUCUUCGUGCAGCUUGCGCAGUUUUUGUACUACCUUUCCGGCGCCGUGUCGUCGCUCGCCGUCGGCUACUUUCUCCCGCGCUUUCAAGAUCUCGCUCCCCAUUACCAUUCGCUCAACGUCUUCGUGCAGCUUGCGCAGUUUUUGUACUACCUUUCCGGCGCCGUGUCGUCGCUCGCCGUCGGCUACUUUCUCCCGCGCUUUGACAAGCUCCUCCAGACGCCACGGUCGUCUGCUGCUGUUUCCUGCGUGAGCUCUCCACCGUCAUCGGAGGGAAUUUAUAUUCUGGAAACGCGGCAGUAAUAGCAUUUGAAAUCCAUAGCACGC